UUUUUCUUCCGAUAACAGUUGAAUGAAAAAACCAAGGCCCCUAAUAAUUGCAUCAAAUUGAGACAAAACAAAACCACCUAAAAGACGUAGCUAAUCGGUGUUUGGCGUCGUUCUCCUUCUCUUCUCUACCCAAAAAUGGCUUUCUCUGCAAUCACUACGCCCUACUCUCCUCAAUUUGUUCGCGCUCCCAUCUCUGUUCCUCAAACUCACGCGUCUCUCUCUUUUCGAUUUUCAACACCAAUUCUUAAUCGCCGUCAUAGUCCCAAACCUCUCUCAAUCCGAGCAGUUUCCGUUCCUGCCACCGCUGCGCCUGCAUCUGAGGCCGUGGCGCCUGCAAUUUCGCUUUCAGAUAAUGCACUGAAUCACUUGAAUAAGAUGAGGUCUGAACGAAAUCAAGAUUUGUGUUUAAGAAUAGGUGUCAAACAGGGUGGAUGCUCUGGUAUGUCAUAUGCAAUGGAGUUUGAGGACAGGGCUAAUACAAGGCCAGAUGACUCCAUCAUUGAAUACAAAGGUUUUGUAAUUGUUUGUGAUCCUAAGAGCCUACUCUUCGUAUUUGGGAUGCAAUUAGACUACAGCGACGCUCUGAUUGGGGGAGGCUUCAAUUUCAAAAAUCCUAAUGCAACACAGACCUGUGGAUGUGGUAAAUCCUUUAAUGCAGAAAUGUAAAAUCAUGUUUAUAGACAUUAGUAAUAGUAACAAUAUUACGAUGACUGUUUCAAGCAAUACUUUGGAAUAUUUACAGGACUCUAUACUAACAAAUACGUUAUAGGAAAUGUCGGGAUAGAAAACUACUGCAUCUGUUUGUUAUUCCUAUUUCUGUUUAUGUUUGCUUUCCUGCAUCAGUUCAUUGUUAAGGUCUAUAUAAACAUAUUCAUAGGGUCUGUUGUAUCUGUUGUCCGAAAUCUGUUUGUUAUAAUAUGAAUACUGGAUCAGCAGAAUUACUAACUACUGAAUCUCAAAUCUCUGUUCUCUGUUGAUGCUUC